AUGGCGAUCUUGCAGGUCAUCUUCGCCAUCAUCACUAUCGCCCUGGUGUUUGCACAAUGCCAGCCAACUAGCAAGCUGUGGGAGAAAACCCUGCCAGGCUCAUGCUGGAGUCCGGAUUAUGUCAACUACUUCUCUUACUGGCUUUGUGCCUACACUACACUUACAGACAUGGUUCUAGCAAUCGUUCCAUCACGCGCAUUCUGGAAUCUUCAGAUGCCUCGUUCUACAAAAGCAGGGCUGAUUGCCAUGAUGAGCAUGACUAUGCUGUCCGCAGUCGUCACUAUAGUGAAGGGAACAUAUCUACCACUUUUUACAGACACGACAGACCCUUUAUGGAAACCUGUACCGCUCGUCCUGUGGGGCUUGGUUGAGCAAAACAUUGUUAUCAUAGCUGCUUGCGUUCCCACUAUGCGUCCAUUCUUUAAUCGUGUUUGGGAACGCGGUCUCAUAUCGAGAUCGGCCCCUCACUCAAGGUCCUUAGCUCUCGAUCCCUUCUCCUCUGCAGCUAGAGAGAGGGACCGAUUGGAACGACAAAAUGAAUCAAACUCAGACCUUGCCCUUGUCGGCGCAGAAGUAGACAUGCAUACUCUCGACAAAGCGAUAGAUAAGGACGAUGCAGCCAGUCGUGGAAGUCAGCGAGGCAUUGUCCGAACAGUGGAAGUCAGAAUGGAUUGGAAUGACAAGGGGCAUGUAUCGGUUUUCGGUGACGACACCAACCUUUACUCCCUACCUGAAGACCAACUGUUCUUACAAGGAGACGUGACACCAUACAAUUUGGAUUACCUCAAUAUUCCAGCUGCAAUUAUAUCCCCAAAGACGCGACAGCAAGUAUCGCAGGCCGUCAAGUGUGCACAUGUAGCAGGAGUUGCAGUACAGGCGCGCAGUGGCGGCCAUAGCUAUGCGAACUAUGGGAACCUUCUCGGAAACCUCUCGCAGAAGCUGCAACCCCUCGGGCGGGUUAUGGCAUACGGUGAAGUGGACGUCAUCGGCUCAGGUGGCCACAUGACCAUUGGCGGUCUCGGAACACUCAGUCGACAGCUCGGACUGGCAACUGAUCAGAUCGUAUCAGCGCAGUGCGUGGUCGCAAACGGUUCCAUUGUGACAGCCAGCGCAAGCACGAACCCUGACCUGUUUUUCGCUAUCCGAGGCGCUGGUUUCUCGUUCGCUAUUGUUACAGAGUUCACCAUGAAGACUGCACCAGCGCCAUCCGAGAUUACCCAGUAUGCGUACAAAAUUACGGCCAGGGAUACGACCUUUUUCACAAACACAUUCCAAGGUUGGCAAAGGCUCGUCUCGCAGCCCAACCUCAGCCGCCAGUUUUCCAGCACUGUCACUCUCAGCCAAGGCUCGAUGAUCAUCAAUGGCAUCUUCUAUGGGCCGCGAUCUGAGUUCGAUGCGCUAGACACCAAGUCUAUCAUGCCUACCAACAGCUCAGCCGUAUCUGCCCAGGGCACCGUUGUCACCGUGCCAUUCAUGGGCCUCGGCGACCCCACUCUUACAGCCACUGGCAGCUUCCCGCUGCACUUCUACGCCAAGAGUGUCAAGACGACGAACAAGACACUGAUGUCGAACGAAACCAUUCAAUUGAUGUUCUCGUACAUCAAUGCGACAGAGAAGGGAUCACCCGUGUGGCUCGUCAUCUGGGAUCUCGAAGGCGGUGCCAUAUCCGAUGUUUCUCAGACGGCUACCGCGUACUGGCACCGUGAUGCGCUCUAUUUUAUGCAGAGCUACGUCGUCAGUAUUACUGAGCCCGUCAGCGAUGUCUCCAAGAGCUUCUUGGCCGGCCUCAGCCUCCUGGUGCAGAAUGAGACGGGCGCAGAUCAGAGUGCGUAUCCAGGUUAUGUCGACCCUGAGCUUGGGAAUCCACAGCGGUCUUACUGGGGCUGCAAUGUGCCUCGCUUGCAGACGGUCAAGGCGGCGCUCGAUCCUGAUAAUGUCUUUCGCAAUCCUCAGACUGUGUCGACUACCUAUAAUGCCUCAAUAUGUCCGAUUCAACAGUCUCCUCCACCGACUUCGGGCUCUGUGGCACCAGCCUAUAUGCGGCAGUGUACCCUAUUGUCUAUGGUUUUGUUAGUGGUAGUCUUCCACUUGUGA